AUGUCUAGAGAUUCGCAAUUCAAUAGAUCGAACUAUAACUCCCGCGGUGGUGAUUUCCGUGGCGGUAGAGGGUCGGACAGGAACUCUUACAAUAGGGACCGGAACGGUUACGAUGGUUACCAGAACAGCAGACCUUUCCAGCAGGGUCCUCAGGAGCUGGUGAGACCGAAUUGGGAGGAGGAGUUGCCUAAUCUGCCCACUUUUGAGAAGAACUUCUAUGUGGAACACGAGAAUGUGGGCAACAGGUCGGACGAGGAAGUGGCACAGUUCAGAAGGGAGAACGAGAUGACGAUCUCCGGUCACGAUAUCCCCAAGCCUAUCACUACUUUCGACGAAGCGGGAUUUCCCGAGUAUGUGUUGAAAGAAGUCAAGGCGGAAGGGUUUGACAAGCCUACGGGAAUCCAGUGUCAGGGUUGGCCUAUGGCGUUGUCCGGUAGGGAUAUGAUCGGUGUCGCGGCUACUGGUUCUGGUAAGACCCUGUCGUACUGUUUGCCUGCUAUUGUUCAUAUCAACGCGCAGCCGCUUCUUGCGCCAGGUGACGGCCCAAUCGUGUUGGUGCUAGCGCCAACUAGAGAGUUGGCAGUCCAGAUCCAGAAGGAGUGUUCCAAGUUCGGCAGGUCUUCUAGAAUCAGAAACACCUGUGUCUACGGUGGUGUUCCUCGUGGGCAACAGAUCAGAGAUCUGACCCGUGGUGCAGAGAUCGUGAUCGCCACGCCGGGCAGACUGAUCGACAUGUUGGAGAUCGGUAAGACCAACUUGAAGCGAGUCACCUAUCUGGUGCUCGACGAGGCUGACAGAAUGCUGGAUAUGGGUUUCGAGCCGCAGAUUAGGAAAAUUGUGGAUCAGAUCAGGCCAGAUAGACAAACUCUGAUGUGGUCCGCCACUUGGCCUAAGGAAGUGAAGCAGCUGGCCAGCGACUACCUGAACGAUCCAAUUCAGGUUCAGAUCGGUUCGUUGGAGCUGGCUGCUUCUCACAACAUCACCCAGGUCGUCGAAGUGGUUACCGACUUCGAAAAGAGAGAUCGUCUCGCCAAGCACUUGGACAUCGCCUCCCAGGACAAAGAAUCCAAGAUUCUGGUCUUUGCCUCCACGAAGAGAACUUGCGAUGAGAUUACCAAAUAUCUAAGAGAUGAUGGUUGGCCUGCAUUGGCUAUUCACGGUGACAAGGACCAAAGAGAGCGUGAUUGGGUCUUGAACGAGUUUAGAACUGGUAGAUCGCCAAUCAUGGUGGCUACCGAUGUCGCCGCUAGAGGGAUUGGUAUGUUUUUUUUUCGUCUUCAUUUUUUUUCAACUACUACUAAUUGUAUCACUUUUGAACUAGCAACAGAGUGUUGGUGUUUUACAGGCAUAUUGAUCAUAUGCUAUUGCACAGUAUCGGAAUUUGCUUUUUCUCUCUGCACAAAUGACAAGCAUGCUGUUGGUCUACGGAGGAGUUAUGUGACAGAUAAAUUUCUGGGUUUGAAGUUCCAUGGUUGA